AUGGUGUUUGCUAUGUACUAUCACACACGUGUGAACGUGCCUGAGCGUUCAGGUCCCCAGGCCGCUGUGCUGACAGUGUGUACACACGCUCCCUCUUCUGUGUGUGCACGCUCUCGUGUGUUCGGUUGGUCUCUGUGGGCCUGCUUCUGGCUGUCCGCAGAAUGCGGUCACUCCCACUGUCAUCAUGUUGGACAUUUCUUUCCAGAUUGGCCUGUGACGGAAAGGAACGUUUCUGAUUGCUGGAAAACACAGCAACAGAAGACUGAUAGCUCCCCGCCCCCUCGUCCCACCACACAGAGAAGCCCUGCGAGGCAGCCAGUCUUCCUAAAGCAGAGCACCUUCUCCCCACUCCCACCCGCCAAAAGAAGCCGGAAAACGUGGGCCAUGAGGGUUACCAUGUUUUCCUUACUUGUGCCAAUGUCCACGCUGCAGAUGCCCCCUUUUCCUUUAUUGUAA